AUGUCGAGCGGUGUUGAAGUCCCUGGUGAUGUUCCGCCGGGAGCUCGCGGUGAUGAUGAACCUGCCGCCUCGGAGCAGGAAGUGUCCGUGGGAAGUGAGCGACACGAGAGCACUGGAGAGGAGUGGGGAUACGACUACUCCGGUGAUGUGACGUGGUGGGAGCCAAGGGCCGGUUGGGACUGGUCGUGGAAUAGAUCCUACCGCGGUGAUGAGCAAGGACGAAGGUCCAGCUGGACUACAAGCUGGGACGCCUACAGCACUGAGGCCUCUACGCGACAUGAAGGUUCCUGGGGACGUGGCCACCGGUAUGAAGACGGGUGGUACGAGCAUGGCGACGACGACCGAGAUCAUCGUUCUGACCACGACGAUUAUGAAGGAGUAUGGCGCGAUCCCUGGGCGGAUGGUCGAGCCGGAGGGUCCGCAUGGCACGACCCGCCGCAAGAAGAUCGUUAUGGGAGCUUCGUCGGCUCUCCUGGCAAAGGUGACCCAGUCUGGAGUGGAUGGAAGCACUUUACUCAUGGUGAUGGCGGCUUCCAGUCCGGCUCCGGCGACUCCGGAGGCCAGAAGGGCGGCAACCCGCGGCCCUCAGAGAAGCUCUCUGUGCCCACCUUCGGCGGAGGUGAUGAUGAUGAUGUGGGGACGUCUGCUCGGUCUUAUCUUCGACAAGUUGAAGCAUGGCGGCGACUCACCUACUUGCCACCAAACCAGCAGGGCUUGGUGUUGUACCGCCAUUUGACCGGGAAAGCUUGGGUCGCGGCUGAGGAGUUGAACGUAGACGCCCUCAGCAGGGGCGACGGCGUCCACUACUUGAUGAGUUGGUUGCGGAACAGGUACUUGGACCUCGAGGUGACCAGAAUCGGCAAGGCCCUGUCCGAGAUGUUCCGCAAGCUUCGCCGUCGUCCAGGACAGUCUAUACGCGACUACAAUGCGGAAUAUGACAGGUUGCACGCACGCCUGAAGGAAGUCGGGUGCAUGUUGCCGGAGGAAUGUGCUGCUUGGUUGUAUGUAGACCGGCUCCAACUCGAAGAUGGCGCCGAACUCAAUCUCCUUGCGAGCGUGGGCAACGUCUACUCCUUGAACAAGCUCCAGAAAGCAGCGAUCAUCCAGGACAGAGGACUCCGGAAACCUUGGGAGUCAACUGCAAAGGGUGGUCGCAAACCUUACACGGCACAUGUCACCGACCACCCCGAUGAUGCCGAUGAGGAUUCAGGACGCGAAAUGGUGGAUGGUGAUGGUGAAGAGUGCAUGCCUGAAGAAGUCGCGGUCGCCUAUGUCACCUACCAGACGGCCAAGAACAAGUACCGCGAGCACAGCAAGGCUCGCGGCUUCAAGGGCGAGAUUGGGAACAACGAUGGCGGCUCAGGCGGUGGCAAAGGAGGAGACGGCGCCGGGAGCGCCGCUAAGGUGCGUGAUGAGAAGCUGAAGCAGAUCAAAGCCAGGUCGUUCUGCUCCGGCUGUGGGAGGCGAGGUCAUUGGCACAAAGACGAUGAGUGCCCCAACAACGCUGGCGCAAAGGACCACCAGGGUACCAGGCAAAACGCUUCCGUCAAAGAGGUCUGUGUGACGAUGCCGGCCGAAGUCAUGACGGUGAAGCACGUGAGCGGCCUGCUCUUGGGGAUCACAGACACUGCUUGCUCUCGCACUGUUGCUGGCACUCAGUGGCUUCAGGAGUACAUGGACCGGAUCGGCGAGGACGGCGCCCAACCUGAGCUUUCUAAGGAGUGUGAGGCUUACAAGUUCGGGACGGGGCGCAUUCAUUACUCGUCGUUCAGCGUGCUGCUUUCCUUCUCCCUUGGUGACAAGAUCGUACAGCUUCGAGCCUCUAUUAUCCCGGGAGAUGUGCCCCUGCUUCUGUCCAAGACGGUCUUAGGCAAGAUGGGGAUGAUCUAUGAUGUUUCGGUCGGUUGUGCUGAUUUUACACAUGUGGGGCUGAGGAACUACAAGCUCCUCGCCACUGCGUCGGGGCACCCUGCGAUCCCGAUUGUGCCUGCAAAGCCGGCUCACGGGUUCAAUUCUGUCUUGCCGGUCGAAGAUGUGAGCCUCGAGCCCCGCGUGCAAUACACGGUCCAUGCAGUUGCGUUUUCCGGAGUUAAGCCCCAGAACUUCUACAACCUCUACUACGAGAAGAAACUUCCCCCCGAAGUUAAGAACAUGCUCAACCAAACUCACCUUUGCCGUGAUGACUUUAUGACAUGGUGGAAGCAGUGUGAAGUUGGGGGAGUACAGAAGCUGUUUGCUGCAGUUCCGAGAGGUGGCUUGAGACAGUCGUUGAUCCAUGGACUGUCUUUGACAAGAGACCCCAAACUCUCGGAGCCACUCGUCGCGCCCUCGAUGGACAGCUCACCAUGCAAUCCCCCCGUGGCGAUCAGCAAGAUGACGAAACCGCAACUUCUUGCAGAAUGCAUUCGCCUCGGCCUCACCGUCCACAAGUCGUGGAGCUCGGAGGAGAUCAAAGCCGUGAUCAUGGAACACAGGGAGAGGAUGAAGGAUGGCGACGCCACCGAGAAGAUGAAGCGGCUCGCCCACCUCACCAUGGAGGAGCUCAAGUUGAAAGCCCGCGAGCUCGACGUUGCCUUCCCGGAGAAGAUCACCAAGGGCAAUCUUCUACGUUUGGUGAGAGACUCGUUGAACACACCGGACAACGAGUUGAUGAAGAUCGGCAAGUUUCGCGGGAUGGAGUUCCGCGAGAUACCGUGGCAAUACGGUCAAUGGGCCAGCAACGAAGUGAAGACCUCCAAGACCGCGGACCCCGACUUGGUCCGCUAUGCGCGCUGGUGGGAGAACAAGGAGGCGAACAACAAGGGCUACGUCGCGACGAUCGACCAGGCGAGCCACCGGGCAAUCCCGACGGCAACGAGCUCGGAAGCGGGCUCGUGGGACACAGUGACCAGUCACUGCUGGGAGACGAGCUGGAAUCCAGCUCGCACGGCGACCUCAGAUCAAGGAAGGCAGAUGCCGCUGCCUCCCGGGACGAGUUCUACUACCAACACGAAGAGGCGCCCACCGAGCACCACCAAGGAGGUGAUGGAGGACGAGAUCGACGAGGAGACGGCCGAGGAGAUCAAGAAGUUGGAGCUACGCUUGGAGUUCGCGGGCAAGUUCCCGCGAGAGGGCUGUUGUGGAGUUGCCGUUGUUUUUGAAGACGUACUCGUCGACGGCGACCUCACGAAGGCCUUGAGCGAUCAGCACGACGUGUUCAAGACCACGGCGAACCCCGCAGGAGCUCGUGAAGAUCUUCCGCUUGGAGAACAACUCGCCCAGCAAGCCUAUGAGCGAGCUGAUUUCCGCUUUGCGACCCUGCAGCGUAUCCUCGAGAACUCCGACUUGAAACCCCGCCGCAAUGAUCGAGGGAUUCCCUUCCACGACAGCGACCCCGAAGUCAAGAUGCACAACUACUUCACCUUCGGGCUCUUCACCCAUGGGGGCGUGCAGGGGAUCACAAAGCUCACCGUCGAGAGGCCCCAUCUUGCCCGCUACCUGAACUCGUUUGGGGUGACCAAGAUGAAUAACGGCGAGACAUGGACUUCGGUGACCGUCGGGAAGAAUGUGGAGGCUGGGGUCCAUCGCGACUACAACAACCUACAAGGGACUGCGAACUACACGUGUAGCUUUGGUCAAAGUGCAGGAGGCGAUCUUUGGUUGGAGGACAAGGAUAUCGACGAGGGCAGCGUGCAGCACGGCAACUUCAUUUGGAAGCGAAGUCGUGGUGGCGCAUGGCUACCUGGACGUACCCGAUCCACCAAGGAGAAGUUCCUCGCUUUCAAUCCGCACCACCACCACUGUACCUGUCCAUGGGAAGGAGAUCGCUGGAGUGUGACCUAUCACACCACCCGCGGCGUGAUCAAAGCGAGCAAAGUGUGCUGCAAGGUGCUCAACAACGUUGGCUACCCGCUCCCCAAGCUACGAGGAGUGCGUUCUUCCCCUUCCACACGGAGGCCAAAGAAGAGCAUCAGGAAUAUGCUGGCCAAUACCGUUGGUCGUCUGAGCGUGAUGAUGACGACCCUGUUGUGCGCAGCCAGCUCUUUUAUGUGCGAACGCCUGCCAGACGUACAGGUCGACCCCAUCGUGAUGUUCGAGAUCGGGGGGAUCGACGCUACCUAUGAGGCGGUGGAGCUCGGGAAGGCUGUGAUCGAACCCAUGACGUGGGAGGACUACGGCAUCCCACGUCGACGAGAGGAUGCGGUGCACUUCGUGAAGGCAGCUUCACCCAAGGAGCUGCGGAUCAAUCUCCAAGAGAUGCCCGACGACUUUAAGAAGGAGAUCCUCGCCCUGGCUAAGGAGCAGCUCGGAGAAGGUGGAAGUGUGGUCUUUCGAGGAGGCGAUCCGAGUUUCGCCCUGAAGGAGUUCGCCGGGAGUCUGUUAUGGAACUAUCAAGAUCAACAUGGUGAAAGAUGGGCCGGGUUUGGAGUUCAAAGGCCUGGCGAGCAACAAGUCGGAGACCCUCGGCAUCCUCACCAAGUGUUCGUGGUAGAGGAAGAGGCCAGCAGUUCUGUCAAAGCGAAAGAGCAGCGCCAUGAUGGGAGCGCUAUCACUUUUGAAGCCGGGGUGAGUCCGAUCAUCCAGAGUUCACUUCGCCGACUACACCAGAACCUCGGCCACCCCCGACGUGAAGACCUUGUGCGACAUCUACGACUAGCCGGUUGUGAAGAUGCAGUGCUCAAAGCCGCCAAAGGGAUGAAGUGCGAAGUCUGUGCCAGUUGUUCUGGUCCCCGAAUUGCCAGACCGAGUGCGGUGCCACGCAUGUACGACUUCAACGACUGCGUUGGUGCGGACCUCCUGCACCACCACGACAUCGACGACGUGAGGCACACCUUCCUUUCCAUUGUCGACUGGGGGACAUCUUACCACAUCGUUAUCCCCCUGUCUGGGCUCGACAACGAGGACAUCGAGAAGGCCUUCAACGAUCAGUGGGUCGUGCCUUUCGGACCGCCAAAGACGGUGUCAUUGGAUUUGGACGGCGCGGUCCAAAAGGGCAUUUGUCGGCUUUGCGAGUGGCACAACAUUGCUGUGAAGAACGUCGCUGCGCAAGCCCACUGGCAAGCAGGCAUCACAGAACGACAAGGUGCUUGGUGGAAGAAUAUAUGGGACAGAGUCCGCCACGAGCUGUCCAUCACAAAGGACGAGGUGCAUCUCGCCGCUAGCAUUGUUUCCAGCGCCAAGAACGAGCUCCGACGCCGAUGCGGACACACUCCGACUGAAUGGGUCUUUGGACGCCAUCCUCGGCUUCCAGCUGGACUUGUUGACCCCGAUGGCGGAGAAAAGGUUACCUGGGACGUGACUCCAGAGAGUCAAUACCAGAGGGCCACCGCUAUCCGGACAGCGGCCCGUCUCGCCUUCCACCAUGCUCAAGGAGACAGUCGUCUGAGAAAGGCCCUUCUGCAGCGGGCCCGCACAACUACGAGGCCCAUUGAGGUUGGAGAGAGUGUGCACUUCUGGGACCAACCCAAGAACCGCCGACGAGGCAGAUGGGCCGGACCGGCCGUUGUGGUCGGCCGUGAAGGAGAGAACUACUGGAUUUCCAAGAAUGGGCGAUGCCGCCUCACCGCUGCUGAACAUCUACGUCCCUCCGGUCCUGAGGAAGUCGGAGAAUACCUACGGGUCAAAGGUGCCCAAGCCGAGGUCGAGAAGCUGUUGGAGAUGGACUUUGAUGCUGACGAGACCUACGACGCCGAGAAACUCGACGCCAUGGAACUUGGAAGUGAUGAUCAAAUGGUGGCCGAUGACCACCUCUCCGACUACUCUCCCAGCGACGUGGAGCUUCCGGAUCCUGCACCACCUGGUCCUCCGCCUUUGAGACGAUUGAAGAGGAAGACAAGGCCCGGCGACAUUGUGGACGAUGACAAAGACGUGAACGAGACCUACUUCUCCAAGAAGGAGCUGACGCAGCGUGGCGUCGAGAAGCGCCAGGAGAAGGAACUUAGGUGGGACGAGAUCCCACGAGACGCCCGGCCCCAGUUCAAAGAGGCCGAGGAAACGCAAUGGAAGGAGCACCUGGACUUUGACGCCCUGGAGCCCCUCAGCGUCGCGGACAGCGACCGGGUGAGGGAGCAAGUCGAUGCAUCCAGGCUUGUAAUCGCUGGACAUACUGAUCCAGACUUGGCCAACGGCUUGUCCACCGAUGCUCCUACACUGUCCCGUCCUGGGCUGAUGUGCCUUCUGCAGUUGCUCGCCAACGGUCUGGGCGAAAGUGACCCCUGGCGGGCCAGUGCCGGGGAUAUACGAUGUGCCUUUCUGACCGGCGGGUACUUGCGACGCGAAGAAGAGCUCUUCUUGCAUCAGCCUUCCACAGGCUUUGCCGGACUCCAUCCUCGUCAACUGGUGCGUAUCAAGAAGAACAUCUUCGGGCUCGCUACGAGCCCACACGAGUGGUGGGGUGACCUACAGAGUGGAAUAAAAGGGGCCACAGUUACCAUCGAGGGUGCCGACCACAUCUUCGAUCAAUGUGGCCUGGACCCGUGCAUCUUCAUCCUCCGGAGAGUCGUCGAUGGCAAGAUGUCCGGACCCCCGGUUGCCUACGUCGGUACUCACGUCGACGAUUUGUUGGUGGUCGCUCCGAGAUCCGUCGGCGAUGCGGUGAAGAGCGAGCUCUCGAAGGUUUUCCCGGUCGAUUCCUGGGAAGACGACGAGUUCGCCUACCUUGGAUCUGAGAUCAUCUGCAGGGAGGACUCAGUGCUCUUCAGGCAGAAGCCCUACAUCGACAGCCGCCUCUUUACGAUCGACCUCCCCAAGAACGUGCAUGAAGAUGACCUGGCGGACAACGACUGCCUCGCCGACAACCGGAGCUUGAUCGGGGCGUUGAGCUGGGUCUCAGCUCAAUCGAGGCCCGAUUUGACGUGUUCGGUGUCUAUGGCACAGCAACUACAGAAGUGCCCCACGUACGGUGACGUCAAGUUUACCAAUGGGAUCUCCAAGAAGGCGACUGAGCACUCCGAGGAGGGAUUGGUCUUCUACAAGGUGGACAACAAGGAGGCAGUGUUUCUGAUCUACCACGACGCGGCUUGGGCGGAUGCCUACGAGGGCGACUACGACGAGGAGGGAUUCGAGCUCUACGAGGACGAUAAGCUGAACGGGCUGCAACGGGAAGGACCUCCUUCCCAUCGGAACGGUCGAAAGGCGAAGAGAGGCAACUCUCGAGUGGCCUCUCAACUCGGCGAGCUGGUGAUGAUCGCGGACAUGCAGGCCAUCACCGGCGGGAGUGGGCGAGGAUCCAUCCUCGACUGGAAGUCCCGAGCAGGACAACGAGUUUGCCGCAGCACUUUCAGCGCUGAGACCCAAGCGUGUGUAGAAGGGCUUGAAGGAGGUCAGUACGUACGAGCGAUCUACGAAACCCUCUCCACCGGCAGCCUUGUGAAGAUCGAAGACGCCGUCAUGCCCCUGGUGUGUCUGAGUGAUUGCAGGUCGCUUUACGACCAUUUGCACAGAGAGGGAGUCCCGAGGACUCCCGCGGACCGUCGUCUUGCCAUAGACCUUGCCGCUCUGCGCCAAGCGUUGCGAGAAGAGCGCUGGACCGAGCAUCUCCCUCUGGCAUGGAUCCCGAGCGGUCUGCAGUUGGGCGAUAUCUUGACGAAGCCUCAAGACCCCAAAGUCUGGUGGUCUAUGGUGAGGCAAGCUCUCACGAUCCCGAUCUCCAUAGUGGAGAAGACUGGCUUAGCCAGCAAGGUUUUUCGAGACGGGAGGAAGACCAGUGUGAAGCGGUGUGUUAAUGUUGGCAUUCCCAGUCCUUAUACUUUUGACAACAGUGCAAAGUCUUGA